UAGUGACGGACGGAUUUCACAGGCGCGCUUCCUCUAAAAGAACAGGCUCUGAGUAAAGAACAUCGCGAGCUCGAGCCUCAGAUAAAAGCUUUAAAAUAUCAGAGCUAAACACCCAACCGCGGAUUAAACAACACUAAACAGCUCUAUAAACUCCUCGACACCACACAGCACAUCAUGCCGCAGAACGAGCACAUCGAGUUACACCGCAAGCGGCAUGGCUACCGUCUGGACCACCACGAGAGGAAGAGGAAGAAGGAGAGCCGAGAGGCGCACGAGCGAUCACACAAAGCCAAAAAGAUGAUCGGCCUCAAAGCCAAACUCUACCACAAACAGAGACAUGCGGAGAAGAUCCAGAUGAAGAAGACCAUAAAGAUGCACGAGCAGAGGAAGAGCAAACAGAAGGAUGAUGACAAGACGCCAGAAGGGGCGGUGCCUGCUUACCUGCUGGACAGAGAGGGCCAAUCACGCGCCAAAGUCCUGUCCAACAUGAUCAAACAGAAGCGGAAAGAGAAAGCUGGAAAGUGGGAGGUUCCUCUCCCGAAGGUCCGAGCCCAGGGUGAAACUGAGGUUCUGAAGGUCAUCCGCACUGGAAAGAGACAGAAAAAGGCCUGGAAGAGGAUGGUGACCAAAGUCUGCUUCGUAGGAGACGGAUUCACACGCAAACCGCCCAAAUAUGAGCGCUUCAUCAGACCUAUGGGUCUGAGGUUUAAGAAGGCACACGUCACUCAUCCUGAGCUGAAGGCCACGUUCUGUCUCCCCAUCCUUGGGGUGAAGAAGAACCCCUCUUCCUCCCUCUACACCACUCUAGGGGUCAUCACCAAGGGAACGGUCAUCGAGGUCAACGUCAGUGAGCUUGGAUUGGUCACACAGGGUGGAAAGGUCAUCUGGGGUAAAUACGCCCAAGUGACGAAUAACCCAGAAAACGAUGGUUGCAUCAAUGCUGUGUUGCUUGUGUGAUGGAAACCCGAUAGAUAAAACUGUGCCUCCAAAUGCAGCCGGGAACAUCGCUUCCUGUUGUCAUCAGAAUCAUCAUGGAAAUCACAAAACAAGAUGAUUUAAAGACAGUUGAUGGAGUUUUGUCUUUACGUCUGGACCCCAAGCGCACAACAACAUGCGGAUCAGAAAUCAGAAGUGCUGUUUAUUUUCAAAUAAAAUGUUCAACUGUU